AUGUGUUCUCCAGGCCACGAGGAUAAUCCAGAUAGCCUCCGGCACAGAUAUAACUUCAUUGCUGAUGUGGUGGAGAAGAUCGCUCCAGCUGUGGUUCACAUUGAGCUGUUCCGCAAAAUGAUGUUCACCAAGCGGGAAGUGGCGGUGGCCAGCGGCUCUGGUUUCGUGGUGUCUGAAGAUGGCCUGAUUGUAACCAAUGCCCACGUGGUAGCCAACAAACACCGGGUGAAGGUGGAGCUUAAGUCCGGCGCCACCUAUGAAGCCAAAAUCAAAGACGUAGAUGAGAAAGCAGACAUCGCUCUCAUCAAGAUAGACGCUCCGGUAAGUACCUGUCCGUAUAGUAUGUCACACUCAGGUCUUUUGGAUACCACAUAUAAACUAAGACUCAGUUUGUUCCAAAAUCUAGUGAGAACCCUGCAUAGGUAAGAUUUUAGGGCAUCA